AUGAGCAGUCGAUUGACUGAGAAGAGAAUUAGUGGUUUCCGCCAUGUAACUGAGAACAGAUUACCAGUAGAAUGUCUGAAACUGAGCAUCAAAGUGUUCACACAGUUCACUGUUGUCCCAUGCGACUCCACGCACGAGUGGAUUUUUUUGUAUGUAGUCUAUUUCACUACUAACGUGAGCGAGAGCAGCUGGCCUUGGCAGUGCUUUCACCGCUGGGAGGAGGUGCCACGGUGGGAGCCAGACUGGUGCCAGAACACAAUGAGACUCGUCCUCUCUUUAAACCCCGAUAAGCCUGGCAUCGAACAGACUGAGAAGAGAAUUAGUGGUUUCCGCCAUGUAACUGAGAACAGAUUACCAGUAGAAUGUCUGAAACUGAGCAUCAAAGUGUUCACACAGUUCACUGUUGUCCCAUGCGACUCCACGCACGAGUGGAUUGUAAGUUCACAAUUCGACAAGCAUGAUGGUUACUCACCUGUUCGAUGCCAGGCUUAUUCCGUGAGCGAGGAGCAGCUGGCCCUGGCAGUGCUUCACCGCUGGGAGGAGGUGCCACGGGUGGGAGCCAGACUGGUGCCAGAACACAUUGAGACUCGUCCUCUCUUUAACCCGGAUAAGCCUGGCAUCGAACAGGGCAAAGUUGAGAUGUGGGUAGACAUGUUCCCGAUGGACAUGCCCCUGCCCGGCCCUCCCUUGGACGUGACCCCGCGCAAGCCCAAGAGCUACGAACUGCGCAUCAUCAUAUGGAACACUGACGACGUUGUACUGGAGGACGAUGCCUUCUUCACCGGCGAGAAAAUGUCAGAUAUUUAUGUCAAGGGGUGGUUGAAGGGGCCAGAGGACACUCAGUGUACAGACAUCCACUACCGCUCGCUGACGGGUGAGGGCAACUUCAAUUGGAGGUUCGUGUUUCCCUUCGAGUACCUGGUGGCUGAGGAGAAGAUUGUCAUCAGUCGCAAGGAAUCUCUCUUCUCCUGGGACGAGACGGAGUGCAAGAUCCCAGCCAGGCUAGAGCUGCAGGUGUGGGACGCUGAUCACUUCUCAGCCGACGACUUCUUGGGUGCCAUCACGCUAGACCUGAACCGUUUCCCUCGAGGUGCCAAGAACUCCAAGAUGUGCACGUUAGACAUGCUCAAGACGGAUGGCACAGUGCCAAUGGUCAACAUCUUCAAGCAGCGACGCGUUAAGGGUUGGUGGCCAUUCUACAUCAAAAGAGAGAACGAGGAAAUGGAACUGACGGGAAAGGUGGAGGCAGAGAUACACCUGUUGACCAAAGACGAGGCGGAGAAGAACCCAGCAGGGCUGGGGAGGAACGAACCUGACCCCUUGGAGAAGCCCAGCCGUCCUGACGCCUCCUUCAUGUGGUUCCUCAACCCACUAAAGAGCAUCCGCUACAUCAUCUGGCACAACUACAAGUGGGCCAUCAUCAAGCUCCUUGUUUUCUUUGCUCUUACCAUCUUCUUUGUCCUCUUCUUCUACUCCGUACCGGGCUUUACCGUCAAGAAGAUGCUGGGAGCGUAAUAUCGUCUGAAGAGUAAAGAAGAGGCAGUUGACAGGGGCUUAGGGCGAAACAUGGAUCUUAGGGUCACAAGACAGCAUCAAGGAUCUGUGUUCCUUUGCCCAUAUAAAGUGAGAAGAGAGGAUCUCAGAUACGCGUUGAGCACUGUUGACCGUGAUCACUAUAGCAACAGAACACUUAUGGCUGUGACCGUCAUAGCAGCAAUACGUUAUUAGCCUAACGUUGCUGACAGUGACCCCCAUAGCAACAUAACGCUGCUGACAGUGACCCCCAUAGCAACAUAACGCUGCUGACAGUGACCCCCAUAGCAACAUAACGCUGCUGACAGUAACCCCCAUAGUAACAUAACGCUGCUGACAGUAACCGCUACAGCAACAUCGUACAGAUAACCGUGACCGUUGUAACAUCUGAGCUUUUUCCACGUAAAUACUAUAUAGAGAAAAAAUACUAUAUAGAGAAAAAAUACUAUAUAGAGAAAAAAUAUUUCUGAUAAUACUGAAAUGCACGGUAAAUAAAUACACUAAGCAAAAAAAAAAAAACAAAAAAAAAAACAGACUUAGUAUUCAUUGCUGAGCCUACUAUGUGUCUUUGAAUUGUGUACCGGACGUACAGUAAUUGUGUACCGGACGUACAGUAAUUGUGUACCGGACGUACAGUAAUUGUGUACCUGACGUACAGUAAUUGUGUACCGGACGUACAGUAAUUGUGUACCGGACGUACAGUAAUUGUGUACCGGACGUACAGUAAUUGUGUACCGGACGUACAGUAAUUGUGUACCGGACGUACAGUAAUUGUGUACCGGACGUACAGUAAUUGUGUACCGGACGUACAGUAAUUGUGUACCGGACGUACAGUAAUUGUGUACCGGACGUACAGUAAUUGUGUACCGGACGUACAGUAAUUGUGUACCGGACGUACAGUAAUCAUUGCAGUGUUGUUGCCUUUGAAAUACAGGCUUACUGACCUUUAGUGAACGUAUGAUUGCCACUGACAUUAAUUAUAGGCUUACAGGAUGUGUAAUGAACGACUCGGUGCCAUUUUCGUUGAAUCAUAGGCUCAAUGAACCGUUAGUAAAAGGGCAAUACUCCUUGAAAAAUUCCCCGUGGACAAUACCCCGUGGACAAUACCCCGUGGACAGUACCCCGUGAACAAUAAUCUGUUGGGAGUACUGUGCUGUUAAGUAUCUGUGAGAUUUACUGGUUCAUCUCAGACAUUAAUCCGUGAUACCAUGAUAAUUUUUUUCCUACUAGAUUGUUAAGGUUCUAAUGUUUCCACAACGUUCUUGUAUGCCACUCCCUGCUCCCUAGCCUCCCAUGAUGGUACCUCGUACUAUCUGAUCUUCUAAUGGCACCCUUUUAUAGUGGCACCUCUGUGUACCUAAUGUUGUACCAGUGGCACUUACUGCUUUCCGAUCCUUCCUCCCAUUCACAUGACAAUAUUUUAAUGAUAACUUAUAAAUGAAAGAAUUUCAAGCACCAUAUUUCUAAAAGUAUUAUCCAGUACGUAAUAAUGUUAAUAUAAAUGACAACAAUCUCCCAUUUAUACCUUUUGUUUACGAGAAAAUGUUAAUUAUGAUUGUUUUGCAAUGGCUAUUAAGAAUUGGUGUUUAAAGGUGAUUGUUGGAGGAGGGAUGAAGAGGUUAAGAUCUGGGUAUAGAGAGCCUAACAGACACUGAACCAACAGGUCUCAAGGUUGUAAUGUGUAGGAAAAGAACCAAACAAACUCUGGGACCAACUGGUCUUACAUUAUUGUUUCUGAGACCUCAGUUUAUCUCCCUGACCAGUACUUAGUGACCAGAGAGAGUAUAAGUAACAAUGAAUGUUUUUUGUAGAGUGUAAGCAGCAGCAACAACAACAACAACUAACCCUGUACUCAACCUAUUAUCCCAGACUAUAAGUAAAAGAUAUAUAUGCGGACCAAGCUUGUAUUGUAACGUCAUCACAACAAAAGCUUCACUUCAUAUGUAUCUUUUACACCACACUGAUGGUAUCUCACCCUUGUAUCUACAUACUUUAAGGUGAAAGAGAGGCUGAGGUAACCGCCUUGAGUUACUCCCUCUCUUCCGCUAUCCUCU